CUCAGCAAACAGCAAGACAAGAUGGCCAUUUUUUAAAACGUGUUUGACUUGUACGCGUGCUUAAAACUUUUCUUCUCGACAUAACUGUACGAUAUGUCUCAUCUAAUUGUUGAAGUUCCCAAAAUAUUAUCUUUAAUAGGUAACUGGCUUUACGUAGUGGCAGAAAAUUGGAUACAGGAAGACAUUCUCUAUUUACCGAAUGAUAGUUAUUCAGCUGCACAUAAAAUCCAAAUUUUGAAGUAUGGCGUUCCACCUGAUGAGGAAACAUGGCAGAGAUACGAGGAUUUCCAAAUAAUUGGAAUUUUUGACACGUAUCAAGAAGCAAGAACAAGUCUUACCCGUGUUGAAACUAGCCUGCCCAUUCUUAAUCAAGACAAUUCAGGCAGAGGAAAACGAGUCCCUAAAAGGAAGAAACUAAAUAUACCUGGACAAUCAACAACAGAAAUAGACAGCGAGGAAGAGUCUCUCAGCCCACCUAAAAAAUCAGCACCCAGCAAAGGAAAGACGAUUAAGAAAGCCUCCCAUACAAACUCUGCCAAAGGAAUGACCACUUCUACUUUGCUUCCAAUACCUCCUAGAGCCUUGUUGGUUUCUAAACAAUCCAGCAAUGCUUCAACGUCAACUAAAAAGGGAAAUUGA